UCGACUGUUCCCGUUUCACGACGGAUUAGAGGUCUUGUUGUCUGUUGAGGUGUUCCGGUUGUAAAGUAAACUUGUUUCUACCUGGUAUACUUCAGCUGGCUGUACACUAUGGCGUCCUACACUCUCACCUGUGUCUUGAUGAUGAUUAGCGUCCAGCUGUAUAGAACAGACGCAGCAUGUCCGCCUCCGAACAUGAACGCAACACCAACACAAAUGUCGUUUAUGUCUUCAAACUACCCAGAUCGUUAUGGAAGAAAUGAAAACUGCACCUCGAUCAUCACCGCUCAAAGUGGUCAAGUUGUUCACGUCAUGAGCGUGGACAUGGACCUUCACGACGACGGGAAUUGUACAGACAAGAUACGGUUUUUUGAUGGUACCAGUACGACUGCUGCACCACUGAAGAUGGCGUGUGGCAAGGCCAUGGUGAUGGUGCAGUCGAUGACGCAAGUGAUGACAAUCCGGUUCGUUUCGGACGGCAUGCGUGAGGACAAGGGCUUCUACCUAAAGAUAUGGUCCGCUCCAUCGUAUCCGACAAGCUGCCAGGCAAGUCCGAUCAAUGUUGGCGUCAACCCCGUGUUCCUGCCGAUGCCGCCACUGAACGACAACAAUGCGAUCAGCUGUACGUACACACUGAUGGCCCCAGCAGGCUCCAUGGUCAUGUUGGGUCUGCCCGGCUGGAUGGAGUCGGAGGCUCUGGCGUGUGGGACAGGAUCCAUAAAGGUGUAUGACCGUUCCGUCAUGAUGAUUGACAGCUGCGGCGGGGAACAGCCGUUCUGGAACCUGGACAGCAGUGGAGAAAACCUGACAGUUCAGAUCGCCACAAUAUACACCGGGGCCAAACCCAAGCAGUUCAUGCUGAAGGCCACCAGCAUGUCACUGACUGUAACUGACUGUGACAAUGUGAAGAACUUCCCUAUUGGACCGGUGUCAUCGUAUAUUUGGUACCCUAACUUCAUGACAGCUCCAGGGCAAUACUGUGACAAGACCCUGCUGGCCCCAGGCACGACGGCGCGGGCGACGGUCAUGAUGAGCACGUCCGGAGUAGAAGUCAUGUGUAACGCUAACCCAUUCCCUGUAGAAGCAAUAGAUGGAGCAUCUGGGACGAAGGCCAUCAACAAGGCUUGCAUGGAGGGAGGAAAGCCCAUGUUUAUGAGCACUGGGCCUGACCUCACGCUGAAGACCCCCACUGGAUCAACUAACAGGGUCCUGCUGAAGGUUGCAUCAUUUAAAAAACAUUGUAACGGAAUGUCCAUGAAUAUGAUGACCGACAAUGGAACUGUAAAGACAGCCGAACACGAGGACAUUCAGAGAGACUCGCAAUGCGUGUACAAAGUGAUGUCGCCAAUGGCAGAUGAGGUGGUGAAUGUUCACAUUGAGUCGACCCUGAUGGACAUUAACGACUGUGUCACUGUGUAUGAUGGAGCAGACACGACGUCAACUGGGGAAAAGAUGUGUGGGUCGUUCAAGAAGAUGUUUUCCGGCACUGGUCCAACUCUCACCUACAAAAUCAUGACAAAUCAUAAAAUGAUGGAUGGGAAGGUCAUGGUGAAAUACUUCUCUGUAAGAAAGGAAGGAGGUUGCCCCGAAAUGAUGAACAUCCUGGCGAAGCGAGAGAAGGUCAUCAUGAAAUCCCCUAACUUCCCCAUGCAAUAUCCACUCUUUUCCAAGUGCUCGUGGAGAUUUGUAUCUUAUCGUCCCGAUUAUGUAGUGGUUAUUGAGGUGCUGGAAUCCAACUUGCCCGAAGACUGCAGCGAUUACGCCUUUGUCAAUGAUGGCGACGGCCCUGACUCUGCAAAGUUGGGUGAGUGGUGUGGCAACCGGAAGCCAGUGUACCGCGGUACCGGCCAGGUACUGAUGCUUACCUUCACGGCAGACGACAUGAACAUGCACAAGAGCAUGAUGAACAUGGGGAACAUAGGCUUCGAGUUCCGGUACUAUGCCGACACGCUGGUGCCACGCGAGAUGGCGGCCGGAACAGACGUGCUGACCAUCGCCGGCGUCCUCUCCCUCAUCGUGUUGGUGGGCGGCAUCCUCUUCAUCACCUACCGCCUGUGCAAUGAGAGGAGGAUUGCCAAGAAACAGCUGAAGGAGGACCGAGAGCCCAUCACUCAUUAACUAGAACAUUUAGAUGAUUAAUUGCUGCAUUAGACACUCAAGACUAGAUAUUAAUAAUAUUUCAAUACAAUCAGCACCUUGAAAUGUGCCCAACAGCAAACAUGUAGCAUUAGAUUUGAGAAAUGAAUGUACAAGAUGUAAGUUCCUAGCCCCAAGCCAGAGUCUUAGCCAUAAUAUGACCCCAACCCACUCCAACCCAUCCCACGCCUGUAUACAAGCCUCCCCUUGUGAAGCUUAUUUUGAAUACCAUUCAGUCACGCGUGGCCUGUCCAGCUACACCCUUGUACUGUACUGUAAUACAAGAAGUGGUGCUCUCAGUACUACAAUGCUGCCAAGUUAUACAUUUAAUGGACUGGUAAGGUUACGGAGUUAAACAGGAUUCGACAAAUAGACAUGCCUCUGGGGGAUUUGAUGACAAGUAAAAAUCAUCCUCGAUAAUCCAGGGCAUUAGGUCUCCAUUCAAAUACAGUAAACUACUUUUUUAGUCCCGACUAUUUGCUGUAGUUAUGCUAUAUAUAUGCUUAUAACGAACUACGGUUAUAACGAACUAAAAUUAGUAGUCCCUAUGAGUUCGUUAUAACCGUAGUUUACUGUAUGAUAAAAGCCCUGGACUUCAGCGCUACGAUAGCUUCGUUUUGAGCCCAUUUCUGGUGUCCCCCGCCGUGAUAUUGCUGGAAUAGUGCUAAAAGCGGCGUAAAACCAUACUCACUCACUCACUCGUUUUGAGCCUGAUUCGAAUGACAUGACGCUGAAUUGUCCAUCCACGAAAAUAACAUUCGCGUGCGAAAAGUCUGAAGAGCUGAAAUUGUCAAUAUAUUAAGGAUAAAAAGAUUGUUGCACUGUUUCAAAAUGCUUUUUGUUAGUCAAGAGAAUGUCAGACACUUAUACUGUCGAAGCCUGUUUCCAAGAGAAAAAAGCUUUUGGCUUUUCAUGAAGAUACUCACUAGAGGUAAAAGGUUGAUAUUUUGACAUUAGGUGUUGCGUGUUUUAUACAAGUCGUGACGUGCGUGGGUGAGGGGUACUCUAAACAAUCUACUGUAAAGACACACUUUAUAUACAUGUCUUGAUUUUGUUACAUGUAUUCAUAAAUUGGUCUUCAGUUGUGGUCUUUAUUAUAUGAAUAUGAGGUAAAAAUGUUGACACACACUAAUAUACCUGACAUGUUCACAACACAUCCGAUUAAAAAAAUCAAAUGUUAAUUUUUUAAUUUUUUUUUAAAGGUCAGCCUGACAAUGUCUUAUACUAUCUUUAAUGUCAAUGUAUUUUUAGCAUUUAUGUCAAAUGAUCCUCUAGACACUGCAGGUGUCCUGUGCAUUGGCUGUCUCAGUUGUCUCCCCUGCCAACAAUCAACACAUUUCAUUUUUACGUGUUCUGUUUGAUGCAUGUUGUACCUGUCUGGGUUUUUCUCAAUGGACUAAUCCAACUUUUUACGUGACCCCAUUGCUUCCCUGAAAUUCUCCACCUACCAGGUAUAGGCCUCCGUCGUGGUACAAGGAAUACUCAUAUUCAUAUAUUAACACCCUAUAUAAAAGUUUAAUCCCCCACACAUAAGUCUAAUUCAUUCCUAAAUCUAGCAUUUAGUAUUAUGACAUCACUAGGAACUAAUAAUUCUGUGCGAUACUGUUUAUCUUACGAAAGGAUCGGCGACAAUAACCUGCCUUCGUUUCCACUCGGGUCAUUCCGGGACAAACCUUGCAUUCGUGACCAACUCGUUUUAUUCCGGGACAUGCCUAAUAGCGACUCGAGUCCAUUCGUCACCACUCGCCCCUUUCCGUAACCUGCAAGAAGAUUGUCCCGGAAUAACACGAAUGGCAUCCUUCACUAUUCGUGUCUUUCCGCAACCUAAAUCGGAUUUUCCCGGAAUGACACUAUGUCACGAAUCGGUCACUGUGUUGGUUUUAACGAAAAUUCUCAAUGGAUAUUCUCCCUGGAAUAUAGACCUACAUGCGAGGGAGACCAGAUUUUUCGUCCUUUUGUUUCUGUUAAACAUCAAGUUUUUUUAAAUGAAUUUAUAUUUUUUACAUAGUGUGUAGUCAUAAUGUGUAACCAGAAACAGAGAUUAGUUAUAUUACUGUUGACUUUUCUUCAUAUAUCCAUAUGUAACAAUGUGAUACUGUCUUCCUUACAACUACUUGCGAGGAGUCUUCACAACUGUAUUUACCAGUUUUAUUUGUCUUCUUUAUCGGAUGUAUUUUUUACCAGUAGCUUAGUGUCACAGUUUUACAGAAAUAAAGAUUGUAUUUUUACAGUG